AAACUGAGAAGAAGAAGAAGAAGAGUUUGUUGUUGUCCGGUGGUCGUGUGCGAAUAACCAGACAUCCUAUGGGGAAAACGAGCGUAUUUACCCAACUGAGGCCAAGGUGUGAUAUCUAAAAAGUUUGUUUGCGGUUUUGUGCAAUAAUAGCACAAGUAAGCCCCAUAAAAAGACUCCGUUAAGAUAAAAACAAACGAGUGUUCUGAUCCUCUCGACUUGCCGUAGAUUGUCGUCAUUAGCACAACACUGAGCUAGUUGGCUUUUGUCACAAUAUUCUCGUGCUCAGCUCGCACACAUUACACAUGAAGGCUCCGCCCAUCCGUAGAGGUAAACAAACUACAUCUUCGUCACCUAGCUAACGUGAUCGAGCUGCAGCCACCAUCAAGUCGUCGCCUGUAAAUGGAAACAACAACACUUUCGCUAUGAAUUGCCGCUCAGAAGUUCUCGAGGUGACAGUGGAGGCGAGGCAGGUGGAAGAAGCGAUGCUGGCUCUGCUGCACACCAUCUUACUGCAUCGCAGCUCGGGGAAGUUCCACUACAAGAAGGAGGGCACCUACUCCAUAGGGACGGUGGGCACGCUGGACUUCGACUGCGACUUCAUCGACUUCACCUUCGUCAGGGUGUCCUCCGAGGAGCUGGACAGAGUGAUCAAGAAGGCUGUGUCUGAGUUCAAGGAUGCUUUGAGCAACUCCGGCAGCGAUGGCAUGGGGCAGAUCUCCCUGGAGUUUUACCAGAAGAAGAAGUCUCGCUGGCCUUUCUCCGACGAGUGCAUUCCCUGGGAGGUGUGGAGCAUCAAGGUCAACGUUGUCAACCUGGCCAAUGAGCAGGAGAGACAGAUCUGCAGGGAGAAAGUGGGCGAGAAGCUGGGCGAGAAGGUGAUCAAUGUCGUUGAAGUCAUAAACCGCCACGAAUACCUGCCAAAGAUGCCCACCCAGUCUGAAGUGGACAAUGUUUUCGACACCAGCCUCAAAGAUGUCCAGCCCUACCUUUACAAAAUCACAUUCCAGAUCACAGACACUCUGGGCACCUCUGUUAGCACAACAAUGAGAAGGCUGAUUAAAGACACCCUGGCACUGUGAGGAUGCUCCAACACACAGAGAAGAAUGAUCUGGAUCCCUUUAUCCAUAACUGUAUCUAUAGUCAUGCCUGACAACUCUUUUUAUGAUCCAGAACACGAUUUGACGGCUCUACUGCUGCUACAACGAAGCGGUGUCAGUGUAAGCACCUACCAAUGUCUCUGCUGUGGUUUCGGUAUUGCUUGUGUCUUGAUAAUGUAAUGUUGAUUUAAAGAAUAUUUUGCUUUUGCAAGCUUACUCUUUCCAAAUUCUCUUCACCUUCCACCAUCUAGAAAUGUAACUAUAACAAGGUAGCAAAUAACACUAUAUCAUUUAAAUUCUUUUAAAAGUUUUGUGUUGCUGAUAAUGUCAGAUCUGUAAGUUAUUGUCAAUCUUUGACAAUAAAUGUUAUAUAAAUCAAUAAAUGAGCAAUCACAGCUCUUUCAAACUAAA